AUGGAAUUACUAAUUAUGAUAAACGCUUGCAAAAUCGCGUCAUCGUGUCGUGUAGCGGCUGUGAUUCCAUGUUUUCCGUACGCUCGCCAAGACAAGAAGGAUAAGUCACGGGCACCGAUAUCGGCAAAAUUGGUUGCCAAUAUGCUAUCCGUUGCUGGAGCUGAUCACAUCAUCACAAUGGAUCUUCAUGCCUCUCAAAUUCAGGGCUUUUUCGAUAUACCUGUUGAUAAUUUGUAUGCUGAGCCAGCUAUCCUCAAAUACAUCAAGGAGUCGAUUCCUAACUGGCAAACUUCAGUCAUCGUAUCUCCGGACGCUGGAGGAGCAAAAAGAGUAACCUCGAUUGCCGAUCGCCUCAAUGUUGACUUUGCUCUUAUCCACAAGGAACGGAAGCGUGCCAAUGAAGUUGAGAAGAUGACUUUGGUUGGAAAUGUUGAAGGCAAGGUUGCCUUGCUUGUUGAUGAUAUGGCAGACACAUGUGGCACAAUAUGCAUGGCAGCAGACAAACUUGUCGAAGCAGGCGCUGAAAAAGUAUACGCUUUCUGCGUUCAUGGAAUAUUUUCGGGACCCGCUCUGCAGCGUCUCAACAACUCGAAAUUCGAAGCAAUCGUGGUCACGAAUACCAUACCACAAGACGAAAAUAUGAAGCAAUGUCCAAAAAUUCAGUGCAUUGACAUCUCGAUGAUUCUCGCGGAAGCAAUUCGACGAACACACAAUGGCGAGUCCGUGUCGUAUUUGUUCUCUCAUGUUCCCAUUUGUUAG